UAUUGCAUUCCUGUGUUGAUGUUGAAUUGACCUCAGUUCUGGGUUAUGGAUGGACAAAAUGAAGUAGACUUUUCCAAUAACAACAUUAUACCAUUGUGGAAGAGAAGAUCACCUCAUCGUGGGCAUUUGCAUACAAAGAACAAACCCAGACCACAAUCCUAUCAGAGUUCCACUGGGGUCCUCUUCACAGAUUUUCCUGUUGAAGACAAAGAUACAUUCACUUUAACCCAACCUGACGAAACAAUAAUUACUUCUCCGGACAGCAACUCUAUUCAGAGAAGUCCCUUGCUUUUCACCUGUAAAAAUGUGGCAAAUGGAAAAGUUCAGUUUCCAGAACAUAGAACCUUAUCUUCUACACUUUCUGACCAGUCCCCUCAAAUCUUGAAAAUGGUUUCAAAUAAUUCUACAGACUUCACAUCUAGUGGUUGCAUAGAUUCAGCAGGCAGUAAAUCAACACACUCAAGAAAGGCUUCUAAUCGAGCAUCACUUAGCCCUGAGAAGGAACAAAUUGUUUUUACAUCAAGCCUUGGACUGUCGCCAACAGAAAUUGUGCAUUCACCAAAUAACAACACAACUAUUGCCUUAGCAUUACAACCCAAUCAACUUCCUAAAAACUUAGAAAAGGAAUCUGUUUGCCUGCGUGCUCCCUCAGAUGUCCCGCAUUUGCCUCUACAAAGAAUACCAUCAAAUCGGAAUGACCAAUCAGAUAUGUCAGCUGUUAUUCUGAGUACAAAUAGUCUUGCUGCAUUAAAAGUGGGGAAACAGCAGAUCAUCCCUAAGAGUUUAGCUUCUGAAGUAAGAGUGAUUGGCAAAGCUAACUGUCAGAAUGCAGAACCAAACAGCAGGGUACUUAAGGUACGCAGCAUGGUAGAGACUCUUGAUGCACCUUUGGUAGCCAGUGAAGAUGAAGCAGAAGGGGAUGUGGAGAAUCCAGGGAUGCUAAAGCGUAGCUUGAGGUCUACUUCAUACCGACGAGCUGUUGUGAGUGGUAUUGACUUUGAUGGUAUUGCCAAUUUUAAAAUGAAAAGCAGGAUGUCUCAGCCAGUGCUGAAGGCAGUCAUGGAAGAUAAAGAGAAAUUCUCUAGUUUAGGAAGAAUAAAGAAGAAAAUGCUCAAAGGACAAGGGACCUUUGAUGGACAAGAAAACGCAGUGUUGUAUCAGAAUUACAAAGAAAAAGCUUUGGAUAUAGAUUCCGAUGAAGAGGUAGAAUCAAAAGAACACAAGUCAGAUGAAAAAAUAGUUAUUCAGUACAAACCUCUAAGAUCGACAUGGAGUCAACUGUCUGCGGUGAAGAGGAAUGGGUUAUCUCAGACCAUCACCCAAGAAGAAAGAAAAAGGCAAGAGGCUAUAUUUGAAGUAAUAUCUUCAGAACAUUCGUAUCUGCUCAGUCUAGAGAUUCUGAUCCGGAUGUUUAAGAACUCCAGAGAACUAAGUUCUACAAUGACAAAGACAGAAAGCCAUCAUCUUUUCUCCAAUAUUGCAGAUGUCUGUGAAGCAAGCAAGAAGUUCUUCACAGAGCUUGAAGAAAGGCAUCAGAGUAACAUUUUCAUAGAUGAUAUCAGUGAUAUUGUAGAAAAGCAUACUACAUCAACUUUUGACCCUUAUAUAAAAUAUUGCACAAAUGAAGUCUAUCAACAGCGGACACUUCAGAAACUGUUAGCUACCAAUCCAUCCUUCAAGGAAGUAUUAUCACGGAUUGAAUCUCAAGAAGAAUGUAGGAAUUUACCAAUGAUAUCCUUCCUGAUUCUGCCAAUGCAAAGGGUUACACGACUUCCACUGCUAAUGGAUACAAUUUGCCAGAAAACGCAGAAAGAUUUGCCAAAAUACGAAGUUUGCAAAAGGGCUUUAAAAGAAGUAAGCAAGUUGGUUCGUCUGUGCAAUGAAGGUGCUCGAAAAAUGGAAAGGACAGAAAUGAUGUAUACCAUCAACUCCCAAUUAGAAUUUAAAAUCAAGCCCUUUCCACUGGUUUCUUCUUCACGAUGGUUAGUGAAACGGGGUGAAUUGGCAGCAUUUGUGGAAGACACUGGACUUUUUUCUAAAAGGACCUCUAAGCAACAAGUAUACUUCUUCCUCUUUAAUGAUGUCCUCAUUAUCACAAAAAAGAAAAGUGAAGAGAGCUACAACGUUACGGAUUACUCCUUAAGGGAUCAGUUACUAGUUGAACAGUGUGACAACGAAGAACUGAAUUCUUCUCCAGUAAAAAACAGCACACCAAUGCUUUACUCUCGGCAGAGUUCUGCCAAUCACCUCUUCCGAUUAACUGUCCUAAUUAACCAUGCAGGAGAGAAGAUUGAACUCCUUCUGGGAACUGAAACUCAGAAUGAGAGAGCUCGCUGGAUUACUGCACUUGGACAGAGCAAUGAUAGAAGGACCAAGGACAGGACAACGUUGACCCAGGUAGAAGUCAUUAGGUCAUACACUGCCAAGCAACCAGAUGAAUUGUCCCUCCAAGUUGCUGAUGUAGUUCUUGUUUAUCAAAAAGUCCAUGAUGGUUGGUAUGACGGAGAGCGAUUGCGUGAUGGAGAAAGAGGUUGGUUUCCAAUGGAAUGUGCCAAGGAGAUUACAUGUCAAGCCACUAUUGAAAAAAAUAUGGAAAGAAUGGGACGUUUGCUAGGCCUAGAAACAAAUGUAUAAGGCUCUCUACAAUACAUGUAUUCUAGAAUUUGCACUAAAGUCAGUGGCAUCUUGGUCCCCUCCACUUGUAGCAGAUGAAAUAUUUGAAUAGAUUUUAAGGAUGGAAGAAACUAACCCAGUUCAAGGCAAAUAAGGGCUCUUCAGAAUCAGUUUCUACACUAUGAACUUUGGUUUUUUUAAAAAUCUUUUAAAAAUAAAUGCUGAUUUUAUAUUUGAAUAGCAUUCCUAUUUACAUAUUUACAAUAUUUACAAUGACCUAAUUAUUCCUGUAUCUUAGUUCUAAUAUACCUUUGUCUAAAAGCUAGUUCUCUAAUUCAUUCAUUUCACUUUCCAUUUUAAUUUAAUAAACCUUUUCAUUUUCUUGAAAUUGCUUCACUCCCACAAUGAAACAUCACGAAGCAGGAACAGGCUUCUCUAUUAUGUGUGCAGUUGCUGUGGAUGCACAUGAUUGAGCCUGUUGUUUGCAUAUCUUGAGCUAGAGAAUGGCUGUUGAGACCCACGAACAUUAACUAUCACUCUUCCAACUGACUUCAAUCAAAUUGAAACACUAUUGAUUUCAUUAGCAUGUACUGUGAUGCACAGACUUCCUGGGGAAGUAUGGUGAACUGAAGAUGGUUUUGCGAAAAUGGAGCCAUUGACUGCAGCAAAGACCUCUCCAGAUAAGGAGAGGAUGGGAGAUCACCCACAUGUGCUCUGGACAGCUGCUCCUU